AUGGGCGACCCCCGGGACCUGCUGGUGGGGGAUGUCAACUCCAACCUGCUGAUCGGCUGCAGCACCGGGGACGCCCAGCUGGACCGGGCGGUGGGGCAGUGGCUGAGCUGGGACAAGAAUCCUAAAACCAAAGAGCAGAUUGAAAGCCUGUUACGGAAUGGGAAGAACAAGGAGCUACGGGACCGUCUCUGCCGCCGGCUGACCUUUGGGACCGCCGGUCUGCGCUCCGCCAUGGGCGCCGGCUUCUGCUACAUCAACGAUCUCACCGUGAUCCAGUCCACCCAGGGGAUGUACAAAUACCUUGAGCAAUGUUUUUCCGACUUCAAGCAACGUGGCUUUGUGGUAGGGUAUGACACCCGUGGCCAGGUGACCAGCAUGUGCAGCAGCUUCAGGCUUGCCAGGCUCACAGCAGCCGUCCUGCUGGCAAAGGGCGUUUCCGUUUACUUGUUCUCAAGAUACGUCCCUACGCCUUUUGUGCCGUAUGCGGUCCAGCAGCUCAGGGCCGUCGCAGGGGUGAUGAUCACAGCUUCCCACAACCGUAAGGAAGACAACGGCUACAAGGUCUACUGGGAAAACGGCGCCCAGAUCACCUCUCCGCACGACAAGGAGAUCCUGAAGUGCAUCGAAGAGUGCGUCGAGCCGUGGAAUGACUCCUGGAACGAAAACCUGGUGGACUGCAGCCCCCUGACACGAGAUCCCCUGCAGGAGAUCUGCGCAAGCUACAUGGAGGAUCUGAAAAAGAUCUGCUACCACCGAGAGCUGAACGCAAAGACCCCCUUGAAAUUUGUGCACAGCUCUUUCCACGGGGUGGGACACGACUUCGUGCAGCUGGCUUUCCAGGCCUUUGGCUUCCAGCCCCCCAUUCCAGUCCCCGAACAAAAAGAUCCGGAUCCAGAUUUUUCCACGGUCAAAUGUCCCAAUCCCGAAGAAGGAGAAUCGGUGCUGGAUCUCUCUUUGCGGCUGGCGGAGAAAGAGGGAGCGCGAGUGGUCGUGGCUACGGAUCCUGAUGCAGACAGGCUAGCGGUGGCCGAACGACAGGAGAAUGGCCGUUGGAAGGUCUUCACCGGCAACGAGCUGGCCGCUUUGUUUGGCUGGUGGAUGUUUACUUGUUGGAAAGAAAAUUCUCCCAAGGAAGCCGACGUGAGGGACGUUUACAUGCUGGCCACCACUGUCUCCUCCAAAAUCCUGCGGGCCAUCGCUCAGAAGGAAGGGUUUCAUUUUGAAGAGACCCUCCCCGGCUUCAAAUGGAUCGGCAGCAGGGUUAAGGAUCUGGUGGACAGCGGCAAAGAAGUCCUUUUCGCCUUCGAAGAAUCCAUCGGCUUCAUGUGCGGUACGUCCGUGCUGGACAAAGAUGGUGUCAGCGCGGCCGUAGUCAUAGCAGAAAUGGCUGCCUGGCUGGACACCAAGGGCCAAACGCUGGCCCAUCAGCUAACGGAGAUCUAUAAAACGUACGGCUACCACAUUUCAAAAACCUCCUACUUCCUCUGUUACGAUCCCCCUACAAUCAAAAGGAUAUUCGAAAGGCUCCGAAACUUUGAUAUGCCUGAUUCAUACCCAACCUCUUGUGGGACUUAUAGUAUUCUCCACGUCCGGGAUGUCACCACCGGCUACGACAGCAGCCAGUUAAAGAAAAAAUCGGUGUUGCCCGUCAGCAAAAACAGCCAGAUGAUCACCUUCACCUUCCAAAAUGGCUGCGUGGCCACCCUCCGGACCAGCGGGACCGAACCCAAGAUUAAGUACUACGCCGAGAUGUGUGCGCCGCCGGGCCAGAGCGACGUCACCUUGUUGGAAGAGGACCUGUCGAAGCUCAUCGGGGCCCUGGUGGAGCAGUUCCUGGAGCCCAGCAAGAACCAACUCACCUGGCGCUGUGUGUAG